UUUUGCCAUGCUUAGAGAUUGGCCAGUAUCUACUUCAAAAUACCCAUCAAAAAUAAAUAAUAAAAAUAAUCAAGGAAUUAAUACUCCUUCAAUUUACCCUUUGGGAAUACAUCCAAUGUGCUUUUUUACUUCCCUUCCAUGCCCAGAUUCUUAUAAUAAACUGAGGAAAAAUGCUUUCAAAAGAGGAGAAACUAAUACAAACAACAGAGGGAAUAAAAGAGAAUUGAAAAGUAGAAUGGAGAAAGCUAAUGUAGAGGAACUAGAUAUUCAAGCAGUACCUGUAGAACAACAAGAAGAAGAGGAAGAUGCAGAUAUUGAAAUUAAAAAAGAAGAAAAGGAGGUUAAUGAAGUACCUGCGGAGGAGGAAAUAAAUGAAGAAAAUAAAAUGAAGGAUGAAGAAAUGGAAGGAAAAUUAGUCAAUCAAGAAGAAAUUUUGGUUAAUAAAAUUAAAAAUAAUAAAAUUGAAAAAGAAAUUCAGAAAGAAAUAAGAACAAAAAAAUUCCUAAAAUCAUUAAAAGUUGGAUGUCCUUUACGUAUAUCAAUUCUUUGUCGUGGACAAAAUAGGUUUUUAGAAUUAAAUGGAGAAAUUGAUUAUUAA